AUGGGAUCCUCAAGCUCUAAGCAGAAGCAUGCCACCUGGGGCCCUGGUGGAAACCCUACGAAAGCACAGCAGCCAGGUGGAUUUCCACCGGCCAACUCUCUUGCUGUGUCCUCUGUCACCCACACCGGAACCGCGCCCAAGUGGUGUGACAAGGGCUCAUCUCAGCACAAUGAUUUCUACCGCAACAACACGCAGCAUUUGAGGCAGAACGGCGCCCUUGAUUCUCAAAGGAUGCCACCGACAUCGCCAUUUCGUCAGCAGUACGAGGCUGGUAAAGACUUGGACCAGCUCGCUCAGGAUCUAGAUAAUAAAGUCAAAGCCCACGGCAAAACAAAAGAUCCGGUGGUGGCAAAGAAGCAAAAGAAACUGGGCAACCCGGACUACGGCGGGCAGCCGCUCGAGUCGCGUCAGUGGCAUAACGGAGCAGCCGAUCUCUUAGACGAAUCCGGCCGUACCUGGAAAGCAGCUGGCAUUGAGAGACAAAAGACAGCUCAGAACUUCAUUGGGUAUGACAGCCUUCAAGGACACCACGGUCAUCAAAAGCGCAUCGCCAAGUGUAAUCAGUCGGCAGAGAAAAGAGCUGAAAAGGCGGAAUAUCACCGAAAACAGGUCCCCUGA